ACUACUGCUACUUUGAGUUUUUUGGGGGGUUUUUUCACAUUAAUUGAAUGUAUACAUGAAGAACUAAAGUCAUGUCUUGACUCUCGGACGUUGACCCGUCCAGUCCCCACAGCUCUGAGGGUGAACGGGCCGUCCGGUUGCCUGAGUGUCGAUGUGCGCCCCCCCUUACUGAGCCCCUCCCAGGUCUCACUGGGGCCGCAGGCUCACGCGUAUCGCGCUGCUGACCUGGGAGACAGUCCCGGUUCUGGAUCCUCUGCCAUGCACUCGGGUCCCCCGAAGAAGCGCCACCGGAGCUGGCACCCCAACUCGUUGCUGCCCGUCCCGGCGGCGGCGGCCGUCCCCGUUCCAGCCCUCCGGCCCGCAGCCUGCUCUCCCGGUCCUGUUUUAGGAGUGUCCCCUCCUCAGCCACCAGCAGCAGGAGUCAUCCAGCCGCUACCGCUCACCGCUGGAGAGACGGUCAUCGUCCCCGACAACCUGCUGGCCUCCUCGGGAGUUCGCCCCGUCAUCCUCAUCGGGCAUGGGACUCUACCUUAUUUCUACGGCAACGUCGGCGACAUAGUGGUGAGCCCCCUGCUGGUCAGCUGCUACAAGAGCAGCCAGCUGACGGAGAAAGCCCUGGAGACGUUGGGCCUCAGCGGCAGCCAGCUCCUCUGUGUGGAGACCAUGACGCUGCUCACUUUGCAGUACCUCGCUCGCUUAGGCUCGGUGCAGAUCCCUCUGAGGGAGGAGCUGGAGCAGAUCGUCCUGAAGGCCAUGCUGUGCUGCCCCCGGGGUCCGGCCAUCUCCCCGUCCCAGCUGCCCUGGCUGGCCCGGCUGGAGGCCAGCGUGUCGGGGGGCAGCGUGCAGGUGGUGGUCACCCACAACUCCCUGGGGGAGGGCAUCUCGGAGUCGCUCCGGUCGCUGAGCGAGGGUCCUCAGCCGCAGAAGUGCCCGCCGACCUACGUGGUCGUCAUAUGCGCCUCGAAAAGCAGCGGCAACGAGUUCUGCGUGCUGGUGCUGGGAAAAUAUCAGGCGCGGGCCUUGGCCGAAGGCAUGCUGACGACCAACGAGUUCCUGAAGGAGAUCAGCUACGAGCUCAUCACGGGCAAAGUCAGCAUCUUGGCGUCUCACUUCAAGACCACGUCGCUGGGGGACAAUCUGGACAAGCAGCUGGUGCGAUACCAGCGCAGGUGGAAGGGACAGGUCGUCCAGCCCUUCCAGAGCGACGUCACGGAGCACAUCCACUCCCAGGAGGCCGCCAGCAUGUCACCGCCGUCAGACAGAGAGCUUUUGGGAAAGUUCUUCCAGAUCUACCCCACCCAGCUGAGCGUGGCCCGGAGCCUGCUCUCUCAAGUCUGCUCCAUCGCCGACUCGGGGACCCAGAACCUGGACCUGGGGCGUUUCUGCAAAGUGGACUUCCUCGUGCUGGUCCCGCCGUCUCACAUUCUGGUGCACCAGACGGCGCAGCGCAUCCGCCAAUCAGGAGUCCUCGUCGACCUGGGCGUGGAGGACGUCUGCUCGGCCCACCAGAGGUCGGACAGGUACGUGGUGCGUCUGGACGGGGACGUUCACGCCAAGAUGGAGGCCUUCAUGAGGAAGGUGAAGCAGAACCCCUACACCCUGUUCGUCCUCAUCCACGACAACUCGCACGUCGACCUCACAAGCGCUCUGUCGGGCUCCGUGUGCCACGGCGAGCUGCAGGGUUUGGCCGACCGCGUGGUCAACUGCCAGGAAGUCCUCGACGCCAUGAACCUCCUGGUCCUGCAGGUCAGCUGCUUCCCGUACACGCUGCAGACCCACCAGUCCCGCAUCAGCAUCCACAACGAGGUCCACUGGCCCUCCGGCGAAAGCCUGGGGGAGCAGCCCCCCAACGAGUUGGUCUACUUUGGCCUGAGGGACUACAGCAGCUCCCUGCAGUGGGGCGUGGCCAGCCCCAUCCUGCGCUGUGACGACGCCUUCGAGAAGAUGGUCCACACCUUGCUGGAGAGACAUCCGCACCUUCACAGCAUGGUGAUCCGGAGCUACCUGCUGAUUCAGCAGUACACCGAGGCCAUGAUGGCCUUGACCUCCUCCCCGUCCCUGAGAGACCACAUAACCCCGGAGACCCUGGCCAUGGUGGAGGACCUGAUCAACGCGCCGAGCCGGGAGGGCUCCCAGGGCCGGGGCCACAUGCUGCUGGUGCGGGUCCCCUCGCUGCAGCUGGCCAUGCUGGCCCGGGAGCGCCUCGAGGACGUGAGGGACAAACUAGGGCUCCAGCUGUGCUUCGCGGUGCUGCUGGGAAGCCCGGCCACCGAGAUCAACCUACAGAAGAACUUCACCAUGCGCCUCAAGGCGUGGAGAGGCUGUGAGAAUGAAGACUGGGUGCCACACACCUAUGAGGAUCUGGAAGGGCUGCCCUGCAUCGUCAUCCUUACAGGGAAGGACCCCCUCGGAGAAACCUUCCCCAGGUCUCUGAAAUACAGCGACCUGCGUCUGAUAGACUCCAGCUACCUGACCCGCACGGCGCUGGAGCAGGAGGUGGGUCUGGCCUGCACCCACGUGUCCAUGAGCGCCGUCCAGGAACCCAAGACGGCCAUGGCCCCCCGGGAGUCGGACGGGGAGAAGGCCCCCGCCGGCCUGAACGACGGCGACGAGCUGGAGAGGCCUCAGAGCAACGGCAGCGCUGCGACCCGAAACUCCGGCUCCCUGGCGGAGAACGGCGUCAGUUCGUCGGACAACGCCGACUCCUUCCAGCGGCCCUCCACCUCCACCGGCCCCCCCUCCGACGCCGGCGCGCCGCCCGCGUCGUCGCAGGGCUUCAAGCAGGAGUGCGACUCCCUCGAGGGCCGGUUCUCCUCCGACCCCUCGAAGGCGCCCAACGCGCCUCCCUCGCUCUACUCCAGCUCCUCCUCCUCCUCCCCGUCGUCCUCCUCCACCACGCAGAGGCCCAGCCAGUCCACGCAUUGCGCCCGCCAGCCCAAGGCCGCCCGGGUGUCCCCGCGGACGGUCAUCAUGUCGCGGGCGGCGUACAGCCUGCUGGCGGGGGAGUCGGGGAGCCAGCUGAGCUCCUUCUCCCUGCUGCCCCACGCCGACGUGGCCUGGAGCAGCCCGCUGAGGCCCCUCGUCGCCCACAGCCUGCGGGGCCCGGAGCAGAGCGCCUACUACCGCGAGUGGACCGUCGCCCGGCAGCACCACGCCGACUACGAAGCGCCAGCCGGGCCACACCCGCGACGCCUGCUGCUCAGUGGACCCCCGCAGGUGGGAAAAACCGGAGCCUAUCUGCAGUUUCUGCGCAUCCUGUUUCGAAUGCUCAUCAGGCUGUUGGAAGUCGAUGUGUAUGAUGAGGAGGAGGAGGAAGAAGAAACAUCCGAGGUCGCAGCUCUCGUAAAAACCCAGCUGCCUGACAUUGAGGAGGUGCGGAAGCUGCCCUUUGACCCCUACCCCCGCGACCCCAAGUUCAAGAAGGCCAGCCCUGUCUACACCGACAGGAGGCCAAAGAUCUUAACAGAUUUUAAGCAAGAAAGCGACAGCCAAACGCCAGCCAAGCGAGUCACCAAGUCCAUACGCCUGAGCAGGUUUGCCGCCCACAAUGCCUUUCACCACUGUGAACAAUGUCACCACUACUGCGAAGCAGGCCCCGCCUCACAGCUGUCGGAGUGCACGUUCCACGCGUUCACCUUCUGCUCGUCCAUGCUGGGGGAGGAGGUCCAGCUGCAGUUCGUCAUUCCCAAAGCCAAGGAGCAGCACUUUGUCUUCAGUCAGCAGGGCAGCCACCUGGAGAGCAUGCGCCUGCCUCUGGUCUCCACCAAGGACCCCGAUCUGCUGAAGAGUCCCAUCUUCACCCCGACCACGGGGCGCCAGGAGCACGGCCUGCUCAACAUUUACCACGCGAUGGAGGGCGCCAGUCAUCUGCACAUCCUGGUGGUCAAGCAGUUCGAGAUGCCCCUCUACAGGAAGUACUGGCCCAACCACAUCUUGCUCGUCCUGCCGGCGGUGUUCAACAACACGGGAGUCGGUGCCGCCCGCUUCAUGAUAAAAGAGCUGUCGUAUCAUAACCUGGAGCUGGAAAGAAACCGCCUGGAGGAGCAAGGUGUGCGGAGGCAAGAUGUUUGGCCUUUCAUCGUGAUGAUGGACGACUCGUGCGUGCUGUGGAACACCCACCAGCCGACCGACAGCAGUGAGACCUCGGACGGAACCAACGUGUCGCUGAAGGCGGUCCUGCAGCAAAUGGAAAGCGCGCCGAAGAUCUCCCUGUACGCCAUGUGCGGCACGCGGCGCUGGAGCAGCAGCUUGGCUCGCAAGGCCCCGGGCGGGGCCCCCUUCAGCCGGUGUCACCUCCACGACUUUGUCAUGCUCAACGUGGACCUGACGCAGAACGUGCAUUACGACCUCAACCGGUACAGCUGCGAGGAGGUGGACUUCAAUCUGAGGGUGAACAGCAGCGGGCUGCUGCUGUGCCGCUUCAACCACUUCAGCUUCAUGAAGAAACACAUUCCGGUCGGCGGAAACAAAGACUUCCUGGUCAAACCCAAACUCGUGGAGAUGGAAAACCCCACCGCGAUCAGCCCGCCGCAGUAUGUCUGCGCCCCGGACAGCGAGCAGACCCUCCUGGACGCGCCGGCCCAGUUCUUGCUCGAAAGGUUCCUGCAGAGCUGCAGCCACAGACUCUUCCCGAAGGCCGUCCAGAACAGGAACAACCCGGUUCUGUCCAUCGACAGCUACCUCAACAUCAGCCCGGAGAUAUCUGUGUGCUACAUCAACUCUCGCCCACACUCCACCAACCUGAACCACCAGGGCCUGCUGUUCAGCGGCCUGCUGCUUUACCUCUGCGACUCCUUCGUCAUCUCGGGACUCCUCAAGAAAUUCCGCUUCCUCAAAGGCGCCACGCUCUGCGUGAUCAGCCAGGACCGAAAUUCCCUGCGCCAGACCAUCGUCCGACUGGAGCUGGAGGACGAGUGGCAGUUCCGCCUGCGGGACGAGUUCCAGACGGCCAACUGCAGCGAGGACCGGCCCCUCUACUUUCUGACCGGACGCCACGUCUGAAACCCCCCCCCCCCGGGGGGCGCGAGGGGGGGGAGCUUCGGGGGACCGGAGGGCAUGAGCCACAGGUGGGCACGGGGGGCCCCCCUUACGGGUCUUUCCUUUCAUCUGAAGUGCCACAAACGCUGAGGAGGCGCGGUGCCGGGGGCAACGGAGGAGGGGGGGGUUUGGACUAUUUUUCUCGUCUCCGCUUGACCUCGCGUUCCCCUGGGGGAAAAAAAGGGGACUUUUGAAGAUUGUAUUUGUACAUACGGAUGUACUGUAUGUCCCAUUCUGGACAUGCGUGCUUAUCUCAGGGUGUCAUUGGGAGGUCCGAGGA